AUGGAGCCAUCCGUCUGUCCGUCAGCGGGAGCUCUGGGACGCGGCACUCCCUGGCUGGACAAACAGCCGGAGUCGGAGUUUUCCCAGGUCGCCCUGGGGAAAACCGAAGGGAACAGAAGGAACACCAGGCCUGACGGCAACCGGCUGUCCCCACAGAGCUGUCCCCUGGGGAGGAGGACAAGGACAAGGCAGGGUACGCUGUCGGACGGGUCUCCCCGGGUGAUGAAGAGGAGCGGGAUGCACUGGUGGCUUGUCACCGUCCUGGGGGUGCUGAGCAGAGCUGCCCAGGGGGCCGGGAGCUGCAGUGCCCCGGAGCAGGGGACAGCGGGAUGCCCGCCCGGAGAGGAGCCCACCGGGGAUGCAGCGGGGACCUGCCGAGCUUGUCCCCCCGGCACCUUCUCCCCGGGGGACGCGUCCUGCGCCGCUCACACCCGGUGCCGCGCCGGGAACAGGAUCCUGCUGGCAGCGGGGACAGCGGCGAGCGACAGCCGGUGCGGAGCCUGCCUGCCGGGGUUUCACAGCCCUGGAGGGGAGAGGGAGCCCCGGGGCCGGUGCCUGCCCUGCGCCGCUGCUCCCCGCAGCACCCCGGGCUGCCCAGGCCGGCGGAGAGCCCGCAGCCCCGAAACGCCGGGCCGGGCACCGGGAGCCAACGGGACACGGGUGACCCUGCUGGGUGAGGAGGAGGAGGAGGCGGCAGCAGCACAGGCAGCCGUGCUGACCAUCGUCCCGGUCUUCUGUGCCAUGGGAUUGUUGGGAAUCCUGGUCUGCAACCUGCUGAAGAAGAAGGGUUAUCACUGCACCGCCAGCAAGGAGCCCCAGCCCGGCAGCACCGGUCCCAGCUCCAUCUACCAGCUGGAGGAUGCCAAUGAGGACACCAUCGGGGUGCUGGUGCGGCUGAUCACUGAGAAGAAAGAGAAUGCAGCGGCGCUGGAGGAGCUGCUGAAGGAGCACCAGAGGCAGCAGCUGAUGCCCCCGAGCUGUGCCCCCCUCAAUAAGCUGCACCUCCUGCCUCAGUUUCCCCCCACCUGCCACCACCAGCAGCACCUGCACACGGUGCAGGGACCGGCCCCGUGUGCCCGCUGCGGCCAGAAGUGGCCCGAGGCGCUGCCAUCGCUCAGUUCCACCAAAGUCCCCAAGGCCGGAGCUCAUCCCAGCGAGGUGACCAUCCUCUCCAUCGGCAGGUUCCGGGUGUCUCGGAUCCCUGAGGUGAGGAGCGAGGCGGGGGCUGAGCCCCUCCGUGGUCCCCUCCCCGCCGGCAGCGGGAUGUGACCCCCGCGAUGGAGCAGCACCAAGGGCCCCCGCGAGCAGGCAUCUGGCCUGGGGGCUGCCUCAGGGGUCAGUGACACCCACAAAGACCCCAUGGAGGGGAUGGAGGACACUAGGCAUUGUGUGAAAGCCAGGCCCGCUCGGAGCUGCAGAGUGCUGGAGGUGGCAGCUCUGCCCCUGCCACCGAGGUGUCCAACAGCAGCACAGCAAAUCCAGCGUCUCCCUCGGCUGCUGAGAAGGAUUCUCUGUCCCAGAGGCCUGGUGGUGGCCACGGCAUGGUGGCCUGAGGGACAGUAACUCAGGAGCUGCGAUGCCGGCGGCGGUGACCACAGGAAUCAUCGUCUCUGGGAGCCAUGAUACCACAACACAGCACCACUGGAAGGACAGAGGACACUGGAUGCCAUUCCAUGGUCACCUUCUGGGUCUGUUGAACUUUCCAGGACCAUCAUGAACUCCUCAUUUCCCCCCAUCACCUGGUGCCAGCACUCAGCAUCGCAGGAUAAUGAAUCACUGGAUCACGGAAUGACUCCCCUCUUCCCAACAACCCAGCUGGGGCAUUGAUUUCUCUGGGCAAGGCUGGUCUCCUGCAUCCAUCCAUCCAUCCAUCCACCCAUCCGUCCUUCCAUCCAUCUAUCUAUCCAUCCAUCCAUCCUCUCUCCAAAGUCUCAGUUCAGGAGCACACAGUGAAGAUCACGCAUUUCACUUUCCAUAGGAAUUGCUUCUAUGGGAUCACGGUGGCUUGGCCAUGUUGGGAUCACCGGGAUAACCCACACAAGUUGGAGACCAUCAACCUCAACCAUCAACCCAAAAAAGGGUUUAUGGCUGGUCCCUUUCACCUCUCCACAACAUCACCGUGCCAAAAAAACCAACCACCAAACGCUCUCGGGCUCUUUUAUUUAUUUAUUUAAUUUUUUUUUUGGAAACAUUUUAAUAGUUAUCGAAUGUUCUACAUCUUACAGUAAAUAUCGUACAGUUACAAACUCUUGGCUGAAAUCUCUCAGGGAGAUCACGACCUGAUCUUCAGAACCAAAACCAGAACAGAAAACAAACAGGAAAAUAACCCCAAAUUUACAUGUCAGAUGGACAAACUGAGGCUGUGGGGCUCUCCAGGGCAUCAGUCCAAGGCCAUGUUCCCUACACACCUGUGAGAUGUAGACUUGGAAGACGUGGUUACUCUUGGGUUUAAUUUUUUGUUGUUGUUUUUUUAGGGAAUAUUUUUUUUGGUAUCUAUUUUUAUUUAAGAGGUCCAAUAAUACUUAAAA